UGGGACUACAACAAAAUCGGAUGAUCACCGUCCAGCUCUUUGGACUUUGCCACCUGAAAUUUCAAUCCAGGCGGAGAAGACCGCUGUGCCAGGACAGCUAGCUAUAACAAUACGGUCUUCGGUGUCAGUCAAGACAUUGGAGACCUGUGGGCAGGGCAAGGCCGAGUUCAUGCAUGUCCACUUCUAACACACCAGGUCCACCUUAUGACAGCCUACGUCCCCAUGAUGCAACGUUCCCAAUGGGAGGAUGUCGAACCAACGCCUCAGUUGGAUGGACCCGACCCUCUGGUGCCAAUCAUGUACGCUGAGGACUACCGCGAUGCAAUGGACUACUUUCGAUCAAUCUCUGCUACUGGAGAGCAGUCCGACCGAGUCCUCGAAUUGACCGAAAUCAUAAUCCGCAAGAAUCCCGCCCACUACACAGUAUGGGGCUAUCGUUUUCAGACUCUGCUCGCCUUGCAGAAGGAUCUCGAGGCCGAGCUCGAGCUCAUGAACGAGUUUGCUCGCGUCAAUCUCAAGACAUACCAAGUCUGGCAUCAUCGGUUGCUUCUCAUGUCCCACAUUUCUCCAAAGGAUCCGCAAAGCGAGAUCGACUACAUACAUCGAGCCCUAUUGCCUGACCCUAAGAAUUAUCACACAUGGGCCUAUCUGCAUUGGCUGUUUUCCCACUUUCAAGAUCGUAUCAGUUUCAAGCAAUGGCAAGACGAACGAGAAUGGUGCACAGAGGCUCUAAGAGUCGAUGGAAGGAACAAUAGUGCCUGGGGCUGGAGAUGGUAUCUCUAUGUUGAAUGUGCGCCAGAGAAAGCCAGCGAAGAGUACUGGCAGGAUGAGAUAAGCUUCGCGGUAGAUGCUGUGCAUCGCAUCCCCCACAAUGUAUCUGCUUGGAACUAUCUGAGAGGAUUACUUUUACGACUGAACCGUUCUAAAAGCACGGUGAUUGAUUCGCUCAAUCGAUACGCUAGUGGAGAGAGUCCUGUGACUUUUGCUCUGGAGUUCAAAGCAGAGCAUCUCGCCGAGGUUGGCGAUAGAGAAGCAGCUGUAGCAUUGUAUGACGAGUUGAGCCGAAAGGAUCCCAUGAGAGCGGCCUAUUGGAUGUGGAGGGCUUCGAGAUGAUGUAAUAAUUCCUCAUGCAAGCUGGUAUCUCUGUUC